CAACACUGCAUCAACAACUCGCAUGAAAAUAAACACGUACACACACGACGACAACAGAGCACCACAAAAUACCAGAAUCGAGAUAAAACUUUGUGAAAAUAAAUGAAAGUGUUUGGCAAUUUAGGUGAAUAGUGAAUAAGUGAAUGUUACUGAAGCCAUUCUCGGCGGUGGCAGGUCAAAACAGAAGUUGAAGUUUUCAAAUUGCAAGCAAGUGUGACCAAGGAAAAAAACAGACUGACGUGUUUUUCAUACGAUUUUUGUGCUCUCAAACGCUCGCUUACGACGGAUUGAUUGGUCUGUGAGGGGGUGUAUAUUGUUUGUUGUGACUUGACAUUGUAGUGCACCGCCUUCCACCAGUUUCAAUACUUUCUCUUGGCCGCUUAAAAGCCGAUUCUGCGGUCAAUGUUGUGACCGCCAAGGACACAGAACAAACUGUUGAAAUCUAGUCUGGUAACUGAACUUGACACCAGCUAUGGCUUUGUGGCCCUGCAUUGCCAAUAGAAUUCCGUUAUUUGUGGUAUUGCUUCUCGUGUGCCUCUAUGGAACACAUUUGUCUUGUGGAUAUUUCACCUCAUAUGUUCCCGAUGAAAAUAACAAGAAUUGUUUCUGUGAGUUGGAAGGCUCCAUAAAUGAUUGCGGUUGUGAGGUGGACACUGUGGAUCAUUUUAAUAACAUAAAAAUCUAUCCACGCCUAAAGAGCCUGUUGGUGAAAAAUUAUUUCCGCUUUUUCAAAGUCAACUUAAAUCGGGACUGUCCAUUUUGGCCUGAUGACAGCAAGUGUGCAAUGCGUUUCUGCCAAGUGGAAAAUUGUGAAGAACAAACAAUACCACCUGGUUUGAUGGAGCAUGGAGAUAAUCAUCCAUUUAUGAAACCCACUGCCUACAAGUAUUCUGAAGCCGCACAACAUGCAGAUUGUUCCGAUGCCGAUGAUUUUAGCAGCGUCCUUGGCAUUAUUGAUACCAGCAUCAGUGAUCAGGCCCACAAAGAAUUUGAACUAUGGGCGAAACAUGAUCAGGCCGAAGAAGACUUUUGUAUUAUAGAUGAAAAUGAUGAGGGUAGUCAAUAUGUGGAUUUACUAUUGAAUCCAGAACGUUAUACUGGCUAUAAAGGAGAAUCGGCUCAUCGUGUUUGGAAGAGCAUUUAUUUGGAAAAUUGUUUUGGUGUACAAAAUCGCAGCAAUACAUUUUCCGAGUAUUUGGCUCAAAUUGAUUUACACAAAAUGUGUUUGGAACAACGUGCCUUUUAUCGUAUUAUUUCCGGCUUACACAGCAGUAUUAAUAUCCAUUUAUGCUCAAAAUAUUUAUUAUCGGAAACCAAGGAUUUCCUAUCACCACAAGGUGUAUGGGGUCAUAAUAUACAAGAGUUCAAACGUAGAUUUAGUCCGGAGACAACGAAUGGUGAAGGACCGCAUUGGUUAAGAAAUCUAUACUUUAUCUAUUUGGUGGAACUUAAAGCUUUGGCCAAGGCGGCACCAUACCUUAGAAGAGAGAACUUUUACACUGGCAUUGUGGAAGAAGAUCAAGAGACCAAAAUGGCAAUUAAUGAUUUACUAUCUGUUGUAGAAUCAUUCCCAAAUCAUUUUGAUGAGAAUGCCUUGUUUUCUCACAGCCCUCAGGGUGUGCGUUUUAAAUAUGAAUUUAAGGAGAAAUUUAGAAAUAUUUCUCGCAUUAUGGAUUGUGUUGGUUGUGAUAAAUGUAAAUUGUGGGGCAAAUUACAGACUCAGGGUUUGGGUACAGCUUUAAAAAUAUUGUAUUCAGAAAAAUUGAAUAUUGCCACCGAAAGCGGACUAUGGGAGAAACCACACAUUGAAAUUGAUCCCAUCUUUAGGCUGAAACGUAGCGAAAUUGUUGCAUUGUUUAACGCAUUUGGAAGACUCUCUAAUAGUAUUUACGAAAUGGAAAACUUUAGAAAAUCCCUUAGAUAAUAAGAGUUGCAGUGAUAGAAAAGACAUAACCUUAGCCAAACCAAUUCCUUAGGCAUAGAAUACUUAAUUUAUAUUGACAAUUGUUGAGCCGUCGUCGUCCGUUUUAAGUGAAAAUAACGUUUUUAUGUUUGUUUUAUUUUCUGUGAAAUCAAUUAUUGUUAUAUAUUUAUUUUACAUUACAAAAUACGUAAAAUUUACCUCUGCCCAAAUAUCCAUCCAAUAUUACGUAGUGUGGAUGUCUAAAGAGCAAAGUAAAAGGUUUCUUCCUUCCAAUCUAUAGAAGUAAUCACUAAUCCCUAUACUCUGUCCCCAAUCCAAAAGAUCCCUUCCUUUUUCUACAUAAAUUAACUUAUGAACUACCCUAAACUAAGCUAGACCUUAAGCAUAUUUAUUAUUUGUAUUUGAAUGAACCUUGUAAUAUAUAUUUAAAAUGUUGUGUGUAUUAUUUAUACAGUUGAUAUAAGCAUAAAAAUCAUACAGGUGCAAUUUUGGAAUAAAAGUGUAGAACAUUUUCAAAAUAAAAAAAGCAAA